AUGGGUGGAAAAAUUGAUAGAGCUAUCAACAACGGAACAUCGCCGCCUAUAUUCCGUAUAAAUGGUCAAAAUUUUCAUCGCAUUGGAAGUUUAUUGCCUUCACUUGGCGUUCAACCUAAAUUUGCCCAAUUAUACAUUCACGAUACAGAGAAUGAGAUAGAAAACCGCUUCAACUAUUUGAGGGCGGAAAACAAUGGUUCUACAUUGCAUGUUGAGGUAGUUCAUGACAUUAAGCAAGUCCUAGAUGACCACAAUGUUUUGGUUAAGUCAUUCCGAAUGGCCAAGUCAUUUAUGGAAUCUAAUCCUCAAACUCAAUUUCGAAUGAGAUUAAUAGGAAAGAGGACUAAAGAUGCCAGAACAUAUGCGCUACCAACUACUUCAGAGGUUGCUGCUCUCAUUGUUGGAGAUUUAGACCCUUCCAUGGGUGAACGUGAUAUUGUUGUCGAGUCUAAAUCUGGAGUACUGAAACGAAUAAGUGAAUUAAACCCAGCAUAUUUACCAUUGCAAUACCCAAUCUUAUUUCCAUAUGGAGAGGAUGGUUUUAGGGAAGAUAUACAUUUUGCAACACAUGUUACUAAACAAAAUUUUGCAAGAAAGAGUGUUUCUCAAAGAGAGUACUUCGUGUUCCGUAUUCACGAAAGAUCAAAUGAGAUCUCAACUAUAAUGUAUGCUAAAAGGUUAUUCCAACAAUUCUUGGUUGAUGCGUAUACUAUGGUUGAAUCUUCGAGGUUGCUCUAUAUUAGGUCAAAUCAAAAAGCUUUGAGGUGUGAGGCGUACAAAGGUCUCUCUGAUGCAUUGACGCGAGGUGAAGUUCAACCUAGCUCUCAAGUGAUAUACACAAUUGAGAUUCAGAAAUGGGGUCUUCUACAUGCUCACAUAUUACUAUUCCUACAAGGGACGAGCGACUUUUCCAACCCUGCUUUUAUGGACACGAUCAUUUUAACCGAGAUCCCAGAUAAUCAGUCAGAUUAUGAGUACUACAAAGCAAUUGAAGAAUUCAUGGUGCACGGACCGUGUGGUGUUGCAAAGAGGAAUUCCCCGUGCAUGGUAAAUGACAAGUGUUCGAAGCAUUUUCCAAAAAGAUACAUUGAUGCAUCACAUUUUGACCAAGAUGGUUACCCAUUGUAUCGAAGAAGGGAUGAUAAGAGGACAAUAACAAAAAAUGGAAUAGAGUUGGAUAAUAGGUAUGUUGUACCACAUAAUCGGUACUUGCUCUUGAAAUACAAAGCGCACAUAAAUGUAGAGUGGUGUAACCAAUCCAGGUCAAUCAAGUACCUAUUCAAGUAUGUCAACAAGGGCAACGACCGUGUAACUACUGAGUUUUAUAAGACUACGAUGGAUGAAGCUGGUAAUGAGAUUGUUGAUGAAAUAAACAUGUACUAUGAUUGUCGACACAUCUCUGCAUGCGAGGCAGCUUGGCGGUUGUUUAGUUUUGAAGUCCAAUACAGAACUCCCCCGGUUGAGCAAUUAAGCUUUCACUUGCCUGACUGCCAAUCAGUUAUUUUCCAAGAUGAUGAUACGAUUGAUCAUGUCCUCAAUAGAGAGACGGUUGGGAAAAGUAUGUUUAAUGCAUGGUUUGUAGCCAACCAAAAAUUCAAAGAAGCGAGCUUACUUACUUACAUUGAGAUGCCUACCAAAUUUGUGUGGAAAAAGGACAUUCGUGAAUGGCAUACAAGAAAGAAGGGUUUCUCAAUUGGUCGAAUAUUCUAUGUACCACUAGCUUCAGGUGAAAUAUAUUAUUUGAGGUGUCUAUUGAACAUAGUCUGCGGUCCAAAAGGUUUCCAAGAUAUUAGGACAGUUAACGGUGUUGAGUACUUGACCUUUAGAGAUGCAUGUUAUGCUCAUGGAUUGCUAGAUGAUGAUAAAGAGUACGUUGAUGCUAUAAAUGAAGCAAGCUACUGGUCAACUGCACAUUCAUUGAGGAAGCUAUUUGUUGUUUUACUAACAUCCACCUCAAUUAUUAGACCCGAAAAUGUUUGGAAUCAGUGUGGCAACAUUUGUGUGAAGAUGCUCAACACUAUCUAUUUGGUCUUAACAGAAGAAGAGAAAAAGAACUUUGGAUUGUUUGAAUUUGAAAAAUUUUUGGGGCUACAAAAUAAGUCUUUAAAAGACUACCCUCCGAUGCCAAUACCAACUACUGAUAAUUCAAGGUUGUUUCAGAAUCGUUUGGUUUUUGAAGAGUUAUGUUACAAUCGUGAACAGUUGAAGGAAGAUGCUGAAGUGUUGUGUUCCAAACUAACUGAAAAGCAGAGUUUCAUUUAUGAUACUAUUAUCCAAGACAUUGCAGUCAAUAAAGGUGGCUUAUUUUUUGUUUAUGUUUACGGUGGAACAGGAAAGACUUUCUUGUGGAGAGCGUUUUCAGCUGUAGUCCGAUGCAAAGGUCAGAUCGUUUUAAAUGUCGCAUCAAGUGGCAUAGCUUCUUUGUUGUUACCAGGUGGCCGAACUGCACACUCAAGAUUUGCAAUACCUAUUGCAAUAAAUGAAGACUCUACCUGUAACAUUAAACAAGGUAGCGAUUUGGCUGAAUUGUUGAUAAAGACGAGUUUAAUAAUUUGGGAUGAAGCUCCCAUGAUGCACAAACAUUGCUUUGAUGCGUUAGAUCGAACUAUGCAGGAUUUGUUGCGUUUUGUAGACCCUCAUAGUUCAAUGAAGACGUUUGGUGGUAAAACAGUUAUUUUGGGUGGAGAUUUUCGCCAAAAUCUACCAGUAGUUCCAAAAGCUACACGGCAAGAUAUUGUUUCUUCAGCCAUAAAUUCAUCAUAUCUAUGGGAUAGUUGCAAAGUUUUAAGGUUGACUAAAAACCUCAGACUAAGUUCGGUACCCAAUGGUGGAAACCGGCAGGCAUUACAAGAAUUUGCUGAUUGGAUUGCUACUAUCGGCGAUGGAAAGAUGGGUGGGCGGAAUGAUGGUUUCGCAGAGGUUGAAAUACCAAAGCAUAUGUUACUGCCAUCCGGAGGGGAUGAUAUUAAAACAAUUGUGCAAAGUACAUUUCAUAUGUUUGUAAAUGGAAACUCUGACCCCGAGCAUCUUUUAGGUCGUGCUAUAUUAGCACCAACGCUAGAUGUGAUCAACACAGUCAAUGAAUAUAUGAGUGCGUUGCAUACUGCCGAAAGCAGGUCAUACUUUAGUUCCGACGCAGUAUGCAAAGCUGAUGGCGACAACGGUAUAUUUGGAGAUGUACACACACCGGAAUUUCUAAACGGCAUUAGAGUUUCAGGUCUACCAAAUCAUACACCGACUUUGAAAAUUGGUUCACCAGUCAUGUUAAUGAGAAAUAUUGACCAUUCACUUGGUUUGUGCAAUGGUACUCGGUUGAUAAUCACAAAGCUAGUAGACCAUGUUAUUGAAGGCGAGAUACUGACUGGUCCUAACAAAGGUACAAAAGUGCUGAUCCCCCGAAUGUCAAUGUCACCCUCUGAUCCAAGAUUGCCGUUCAAGUUUCAACGAAGGCAAUUUCCAUUGAUGCUUCCAUAUGCAAUGACCAUAAACAAAAGUCAAGGACAAACGUUGACUCAUGUUGGUUUAAUACUAAAGAAACCGGUUUUUGUACAUGGUCAGUUGUACGUAGCUGCAUCUCGUGUUAACAAUCCAGACGGUCUCAAAAUAUUGAUAGUAAAAGACUCAAGUUCAACUACUACAUCAACCACUAAUGUUGUAUAUCAUGAAGUUUUCAAUAAUUUGUAA